AUGUCCUUCGCAAAGACUAGAUCAGAAAACGAAGAGGGCGUCAGAGAAUACAUGGACCGGCGCCGGGAAGACUUACUGAAGGGAUUUGUAAAAGAUGUGAACGACUUUAUCGACCUUUUAGAGCGGACCGGCACAAUCAUCUCGGGAUCGAGCGCACUCCACCUCUUCCAGGCAAAAUCUGCGGCGAUUGCGUUGCGGGACAUGGACAUAUAUGGCACACAUGAGUUUGAAGAAGAAGUAUUGAAACAUUUCAAGGAAAAAGAGGGAUACGAAGUAACUCUGAUCUCUGAACGGAAGACAGAAUACUCCUCCACGAUAAAGAAAGUCUACAAGAUGCAAAAAGAGAUGCAAAAAGUAGACUUGAUAAUCACCGAAUGGGCAAGUGCCAUUGUCCCAAUCCUUCAGUAUCACUCCACGGCAGUCAUGAACUACAUGACAGCACGCACCUUCGUCAGUCUCUACCCAAAGUGGACAAAUGACAUGAAGAGCCUGGUAAAUCCGCGCAUGUAUCUGGGUGACACCGCGAACAUUCGGACAGUGACGGCGCUGAUGAAGUACGUCAGGCAUGGAUUUCGCGUCACUGCAGAACCAUUCCAAUUGGGAAUACAUGACUGUCUGAGGAGCGCAUACUGCCCUAGCACCACCAGAAACACUCUGGAUGACAACACACUACGCUGGGAAUUCAGCAAGGUGAAGACGGUCGGGAACACGACGGUUGCUUGUAGUGAUAUGGCGAUAGUGAUAUGGCGUUUGGGAGGAGAUGACUGCGAGGAAGACGGAAAUAAUGAUAGCGCUACAUACAUUGGAGUAGCUGCGUAA